GACAAAUGGACUUAGAGCUCAGACCACAACUUCCCCUGUGAGCUGUAAAGCUGGGUAUGCAGUAGUCGAAGUCUUUAGCGGAAAAAAAAAACGCACCAAGCAGUCGUGUUUGCUCGCUGUUCAAGGAGCUGAUUAUCCGUGUCGAGCCUGUGUUAUCAUGGCUGGGUGGUGCAGGAACCAAAUGCUGGUGGCCAUUCCUCUGUGGAUGUGUUUUGGGAGAGCCGCGGCUCUUGCUGAGCCCCAGAUCUGUUAUAUCCUGGAUGGCAUCCUGUUUCUGUACGGGAUCAUCCUGACAGCUCUCUACUGCAAAGUCAAGAUCUCCAAUGCUAAAGAGGCCGCUGGGAAAGGAAAGCCGAAGGGGAAUGUUGAAGAGGGCAUAUAUACGGGUCUCACUCCUCAUGCAACGGACACAUAUGAAACAAUCGGCAUGAAGAAGUGAUAUGACGAAUGACUUCUUUCUCUCUUUGUAAUUAAAUGUUGCACAUCAUACUCAGCUUAGGUCUUCAAGAAUGUAUGAGAUUUUGUACAUCACAGGUUAUUUCCCUUUUGCUUUUAGAGAUUCUAGAGGAAGUUUGGAAGGAGUCACAAACAGGGAAGUUGAGGCCAGAAAGGGGAGAUUGCGAGAAAUGCUUUUUCCUUGUUGCAUGACAUACUUUCAUUGCUCGUAUAUUUAACAUUAACACAAACUCAGUUUGACAGCGGUAAAGCUUCAGAGAUAUUUUAUAUUAUAAUACCUAGUAACUGAAAAAGAGUGAUUUUUGCUUGAUAUUUUUAUAUAUAUAAAUAUAAACUCUUUUUUUUAUAUAGACAAGCUGUACUGUCCAUCUCACUUCCUCCUUUUCUUCUUUUUUUUGCUGCCCGUUUGUGUGAACAUGAGAAAUUGUGUGUUUUAGUUUUAGCCUCCCAAGUUCUGCUAUUCAAAAAACAAGAAA